GAUUCAAGGGAGGGAUUAGAAGGAUGAGCAGGCCGGAGCACUUUGUGCUGGUGCAUGGGGUUGGCCACGGAGCAUGGUGCUGGUUUAAGGUCCGGUGCCACCUCGAGAGUGCUGGCCACAAGGUCUCCUGCCUCGACUUGCUCGGCCACUCUGACCCCAACUCCAUCCUCUGCAUCCAACACUACGACGCCCCGCUCCUUGACUUCAUGUCGCACUUGAACGAAGAUGAGAAGGUGGUUUUGGUGGGUCACAGUGCAGGAGGGCUAAGCUUAACCCAUGCAAUGCAUGCCUUCAAAAGUAAAAUCAAGCUAGCAAUCUUUGUCGCUGCCACUAUGCUUCCAUGGGGAUAUCACACUGAAGAAGACAUCAAAGAUGGAGUUCCAAACUUGUCGAGGUUUGGAGAUGUUUACGAGCUCACUUUCAACUCGGGGCCUGACAAUCCUCCCACGAGCGUGGCAUUACGAAAGGAAUUCCAGAGGAGCAUACUGUAUCAGUUGAGCCCCGUCGAGGACUCCACUUUGGCUUGCAUGCUGCUGCGGCCAUGGCCGGCUUGCAUCGCGCGCGCACAGUACGACAGAGAGGGAGAUGUGGAAGACAUCAGGCGAGUGUAUAUAAAGACGAGCUAUGACAACAUGGUGAGCCCGGAGCAGCAAGACGGCAUGAUACGGCGAUGGCCGCCGGACGACGUGUUAGUGAUAGACAGCGACCACAGUCCGUUCUUCUCUGCUGCUGCUCAACUGUCGCAGUUAAUCAUCAAGGCGUCCCUCGCUACCGAAAAUUAAUUAGUGAACUACAGAUUGUGCAAUUGCAUUAAUAAUCCAAACAUAAUUAACAAUAAGAUUAAUGCAUGAUCAUACCAAGUUCCUCCGAACA